CUGGACAUCUCUGGCAGCACUAGCACGGUAGAAGCAUUUUUUUAUUAAUCUAAAUAUUACAUAGAGGAUGAAAACAACAAAGGAAAUAUUAUGCUUUGAGAUCAUUGACUUAUAAAUAAAUUUGAGAUUAAUAACGUUACAUGAGUAAGGACAAUCAUUCUACAGCUGUCAAAAAAAAUGAAUGUAUAGACUAAUACGAAUGAAUGAUACAAUACAAUGACGGAGCUGUCACGAGAAAUCGGGGAAGUUUGGUCGAGACUGUUCGAUCAUCGUCCCUUUCUUAAUGGCGAGAUAAAGUUUAUGGAAAAAGAAUUCGAGGAAAAGCGGGGUGACAGAGAAGUAGAAAAUCUGUUCUCAAUAUUAGAAAAAUUUACUGAUAUCAAGGAUACCCAAGUAGAUCACAUAAAGAAGAGUGCAGGAACUGGAAUACCAGUGCUAAAUGAGAAGUUGACACAGUUACAGCUACUCUGUAUAAACUCUGAUAAGGAAUACCUUGAAUUUCAUGAGAUUUUGUUUAUGUUUCAGAUUUGUAAGCAAAAAAGAGCUGAAAAUCAAGAAAAGAGGCGACAGGAAUGGGAUCAGUUCAUUGAUGAUAUGAACUUUAAAUGCAAGAGAAUUGAAAAUACAUUUGAAGAAAAAGAAGAGGAACUGAGAGACUUGUAUGCUGACUUAAACCAUAAACUGAAUAUUGCUAACAAUUAAACAAUGGAUCUGA